GGUGCCUGGCACUGUAAGUCUCUUAGGGAAUAUCUCCGGAGUAAAAAUAAUGACAGUUAAGUUCCUUCAGUGAUUCCUAUUUGCCCAGCUCUGCUCUGAGUUAUUUAUAUCAGGGAUCCUCAACCCUUGGGCCAGGGACUGGUACCAGUCCAUGGCCUGUUAGGAACUGGGCUGCAUAGCAGAGGGUGAGCUGCAGGUGAGCUAGCGAAGUUUCAUCUGUAUUUGCAGCCACGCCCCAGCACUAGCGUCACUGCCUCGGCUCCACCUCAGAUCUCGAGCAUUAGAUUCUCAUAGCUACUAGUCCCUGGUGCCAAAGAGGUUGGGGACUGCUGAUUUGCAUGGAUGACCUCUAAGCCUUACAACAACUAAAAGCUAUCAUUAUUAUCUCCAUUUACAUGUAAAGACACUGAGGCAAAGGAGUUAAGUAACUCACUCCAGGUAACACAGGUGGGAAGUGGCAGGACUACAGGUUAUUUUUAGUCAUUGCACUAAACGGCCUUCAGUGGAAAAUGGAUCUAAGGACUAUAUUUUCUUGGUAGGCCUAGGAAGUGAUCGGAUGAGUCAGGAAAAGGCUUCAGUGAUUGCCAAGUGCUGAGCAGACAUCCUUGGACUGUUGUUGUUGCUUUCAUGCCUCUCGGGGGUACAAGAUAAGAGGAAUGUCUUCUGGGAAGCUGCUUGAAAUCCUUUGUAUAAACAAGUCUUCCCGUGAUGAAUGCACUGCCCUGACCUUAGUAAGGAAUGGAAAUCCCACACGCCAAAGAGUGGGGCCUGGUCUGCCCCUGGGUUCCCUGUGGGUGCCUGGAUGUGUCUGAGCUGGAAAAGACACAAGACCAGGUGGGAAGUUCUCAGGCGAGGUCUGGGAGAGUUUUAGCUCCUCCUCACUCUGAGGAUGUUCCUCAGCAUGACCAGAAAGACCAAGGCAGGUGAAGCAGAGCUGGCUGAUCCAGAGUGAACCACAGCCCUGAGAAGGGGAAGUAUCGCCCAGCUUGCUCUCUGUUAUGGCCUGUGAACCACAGAUGGACCCCAGCGGGGCAGUCAGCUCUUUGCCUGCUUCCUCCCUUACCUCCUCCCCUGGUUGGAAUGCCCUCGCUGGAGGAAGCCCUCCUGGCUGGGGACAAGAGCUCCGCAAUGGCCAGGUCCUCACGGUUCUCCGGAUUGACAAUACCUGUGCCCCCAUUUCCUUCGAUCUGGGGGCUGCAGAAGAACAGCUGCAGACCUGGGGCAUUCAGGUCCCGGCUGACCAGUACAGGAGCUUGGCCGAGAGCGCCCUCUUGGAGCCCCAAGUGAGAAGAUACAUCAUCUACAACUCAAGACCUAUGCGGCUGGCCUUUGCUGUGGUUUUCUACGUGGUAGUGUGGGCCAACAUCUACUCCACCAGCCAGAUGUUUGCCUUGGGGAACCACUGGGUGGGUGUGCUGCUCGUGACCCUGGCAGCAGUGAGCCUGACCUUGACUCUCAUGCUCAUCUUCGAAAGACACCAGAGAAAGGCCAACACCAACACAGACCUGAGGCUGGCGGCUGCCAAUGGAGCUCUCCUGCGACACCGGGUGCUGCUGGGGGUGACAGACACGGUGGAAGGCUGCCAGAGCGUGAUUCAGCUCUGGUUUGUCUACUUCGACCUGGAGAACUGUGUGCAGUUUUUGUCUGACCAUAUUCGAGAAAUGAAGACUAGCCAAGAGUCCUUGCUGAGAAACAGAUUGAGCCAGCUCUGUGUCGUCAUGGAGACUGGGGUGAGCCCCAUGACGACAGCAGAGGGUCCUGAGAACCUGCUAGAGGAAGCUCCUCUCCUGCCCAGCAGCCCUCAUCCCACGGAGAGACCACUCCUGCAGACUGAGCUUCACCAGCUCGUUCCCGAGGCCGAGCCGGAGGAAAUGGCCCAACAGCUGCUGGCAGUGUUCGGUGGCUACUACAUCCGGCUCCUGGUGACCUCCCAGCUCCCUCAGGCAGCAGGAACACGACACACGGACUCCCCGAGUCUUCCAUGCCCCUGCCAGCUCAUAGAAGCCCACAUCCUGGGAACAGGCUGCUGCCCAUUUCUGGCCAGGUGACCCAGGGAUGAAGGUACUCAUCUUCCUCCUAGACUGAAGGUGAAAAGUCAAGGAUGCCUCAAGAGCCCAAGGUGGAUGAUGGCAAGCCCUAGCUGAGGAGAGAACCAUCUGAAGGCUGUCAGUCAUGUCAGCAAUGGGGUGUCGUGCUCACUUCAGGACCCUGCUUGUCAACAUUCCGUGGUGACCCCCGGCCUUUCCAGAAGCAGAUGGUUGCCGACCUGGUCCCAGUCCAAGCUACUCUCCGUGCUGCUUAGAACCAUGGCCCUAGUGGAAGGGCCGCUCUCCCACCCCUUUCAUUGCCUGGACAGCCCAGCAAAUGUGAAGAUGGCCAGACUAGGCUAAAUAUGUCCAAAGUCUGGUCUCAGAUGAUGCUUCCAUCUCUAGCCCCUUCAUGUCAGAUGGGGAAACGGAGGCUCUGGGAAGGCGCUGCUCUUUGUGGCAUUGCUGUGGGCCUCUAAAAUUAUAAGACUGCUUCUUUCCAGUCUGAAGAAAAGAAGUCAGUUCUCAGAAUGUUCUCCCCUUUUAAGUUUUUCCUCUAUGCUUUAUGAAAAACAGUGUACCUGUGCUUGUUGUCUUCCAGUACACAGGUUUCUAGGAGACAGAGGAAAGAAGAAAAUGGUACAUAACUGUUCAUGGGACUAUUUGGAAAAGACCCAUUCUGUCUGAUUUGAGGACUUAUUUUAUUCAAAGGCAUGCAUGCUUGUGGUUGUGGUUUUUUACUGCAGAUGUAGAGCAAUAGGCCUGUUUCCUGACACACCGUUCUGGAAUGAAGCAUAAUCUGUCACUCGUGGAGUUCCAUGAAGAGCUCAGAGGUUCCCAAGUUCUCUGCUCCUGAAUAAGUUUGAAGACUCACUAUCCAUAGGUCCAAAUCCAAAAGCUCUAUCCUGGCACUUAAAGGCUCCACAUUCCCCAAGAUCUGGCCUUCACCUGCAGUUUUGGCUUCAUCUUUACAAAACUCUGUCAUGAGUUCCAACUUUUUCCUGGACUGCCAUACCUGUUCCUUUCUACCGAUUGGACUCCUAUGCAUGCGUCAAAGCACAGUUUUAUUUAUCCCUCCUUCAGGAAGGUUUUCAACAUAGCCAGCCCUCUUCCUCUCUGCCUCCUUUACAUUCUUGAUGUAGCUGCUGCCUUUACUGAUGUUUUGUUAUUGAUUCUAUUUUCAUUUCGCGUGCCUGUUUUUCUAGCUCAUCUAUAAACUCCUCAAGGACAGAGACAGUACCUGAUACUUCUAGGCAUGACCUGGUCCUGCUAAGGAAGAAAAAGAUCCUGUGGAUUAACUGUUUUGUCAUCUCUGUAGUAGCUUUUGCAGAUUGCUCUCUAAACUCAGUUGAAUGAUGAGGUUGGCACAGACCUGGGUUCUGGCCCUGAACUGCCCCUUCUAGCUCUGUAACUUUUGGCUGGUCCUCAGUUUACCCAUCUAAUUAAAAGGUAGAUUGGGUGAUUCUUAAUAGCUCUUCCAGAGGUGAAAUUCUGGAAAUUUCCAGUUUUUCUGCUGUAUGCUAGCCCCUGGCCUGUCUUUCUGUUAUGCCUUUAUUUACAUUUGGAAAGGUUCUAUAGCCCCACAUUGCUGGAGUGUCCCAGAUCUGAUGCACCUUGGGACAACAACAGUGGCCUAGCUAUCAGGAGACCUGGAUUCUCUGGGAGACUUAGAUCUGUUGCUUCCUAGCAUUGUGACUUUGGCUAGGUCACUUAACCUCUCUGCGUUAGUUCACUCCUUUAUACGUGGAUCUGGUGAAUGCAAAAUCUAAUGCAGUCAACUUGCCUGCAUUAUGAGUCUGACUAUCGCUUUCUCUGGGCUAGAGAAGAGAAAUCGUGUGUAGAUAUGCCCUUGAAAAUGGCCGUUUCAGGCAUUUCUCUUUAGCCAGCUUUGAGUGCAGCUUUGCUCAAUGAGAAUUAUUCAUGAAGGUGAUUCCUGUCUUUGUCACCUGCCGCAGGAAUUGUGGGCUGUGAAUGUGAUCGGUAGAAGCCCAUAGUUAUCAUCUAACCAUAAAACCCUGCUAAGUAAUAACAGAGUAUAAUAAAAAUGUGUUACAUGACAAAACAGCAGUUUUUUUCCAUUUUAGGGCUUAAAGAACCCGUGCUGCGUCCUUUCCUGCCUCUCCGGUCUUCACUUUCUGACGGCCUUGCUGGCCGGGGCAUUCAGCUGUGCCCCUGAGGUACAUGUCUUUGCAGUUUCGCCUCAGCUUUCUCAUUUAGAAAAUUCUGUGAACUCUGUCUUGCCGACAUCACAGGGUUGCUGUCAAGAUCAGAUUCCAUGAUGAACAUUUACUCUAAAUUUUUUUUUUUUAAUUUAAUUUUCUUAUUUUCAACACCCUAAGUUUUAAGGCUCUGUGUGAUUGACAGCCAUUGCAUUGCAGUGGAGAAGAUGGUGCAGUCAUGAAGUGGGAGUGAAGGGAGUAGCUCAGAGCUUCGAUUCUAGAGUCACAUUGAUUCAAAUCCAACUUCUGCCUCUUAGGAGCAGUCUCCUUCCUGUCCUUAGGUGUCACUCCUCGUGUGGAAUGUGGAUAACAGUAUCUACCUGGCAGGUUAUUGCGAAGAUUAAGUGAUAUCAAAAAUGUAAAGGGCUUGCAACUUGGAGUUGCACGCUCUAGUAAGAGCUCAAUAAAUUGUUGGUAUUAAAAAAGAA